UGAAAGCAGUAGAAGUACUAGGCAAAGUAUUUUUAGAAAAAAUGUUGAAAGAACUAUCAACAGAAGUUAAAGUCCUAAUCAAAGCUUUAUUUGAAGUAGAAACAACAGACAUGAAAGAAGUUUAA